CGCAAAGCGGCACGUGCCUGACUGCCUGUUGCCGAUGUAUGUAGUCGCGUGGCGUGUUUCUAAACUUCUUGUGCUUUGUUGAAGUGCAUUUAAGCGUUUAAACUCUUGUAUUGUGGGCAAAAUGGAAAUCAACAAACAAUCAUCCGUCGCUGGCAUUAUUCUUUUUUUGAAAAACAACAAAUUGGAUGAAAUUGUCGAAGAUUUUAAAGGUAUUGUCUCAUCCUGAAAUGUAGGUCGCAUGUGUGAGGGUUGUUGUCUCGUGCAUAAAUCUAGUGUAGAAAAUAAUUCAAAAUUAGAUUUAUAGAUGACUUGCCUUGUUUACGUUUUGCUAGCAGGCAGAUUUUGUCGAGCGCUUUUAGAGAAUACCAACAGCAAUAACGUAAUUUCAUUGACGUUUUGCUUCUUAUAUUUUUAAAGCUAAUCAAGUCGACGGCGAGGAUUUUUUCAAUUUAGAACCAAAUGAUAUAUAUCAGAUGAUUCCUCGAAUAAAACUUCACAAGAAGUUUACGUGUAUUUGGAAUGACGUCACUCAAAAGGGGUCAUAAGCUUCAACAACACACUCUUGUGUCACUUCCAACAACAUCAGAACUAUCAACAAGGAUGUGAAUCCAGACAUUCCAAGUAAUUCAGCUGAUCAUCAAGAAAAUCAUGAUGAGGGCUUGUCAGAAUCAGCUUGAACAGUGCACUCCCACAUCUAUUCAAGGCACAUAAGAACCAUCAACUUGGAUGUAAAUGAAGACAUUGUUCUUAGUACUUCAGCUGAUCAUCAAAAUGAUGAACAUUCGACCAGAGAGACAUGGCAAGGACAAUGUUCCAAGGAGUCCCUUGACAGCUAAUGUGAACAAUUCCAAUUGGUUGUCCAAGUUUUGUUUGCCAACAAGAUGGGAACCAGCAGUGGAGGAGGCAUUAAAAAGGCAGGAACUAAAUCCAAAUGAAAAAAAUGCAUUAAACAGGCAAUUAACUUCUUCAAUUUUGGCACAUACUGAAUCGCCAACUGUUCAUGAAAGAAAACACAUUGCUCUUAUGUUAAUUCAAAAGUAUCCAUUCUUAAAGGGAUCAUUUGGUUCUGGUCAUCAACUAUGGGCAAACAAAAUAGCAGACCGAGUCCUUAAUAUGCAAAGAAGAGCAUCCCGAGCUCAAAAGCAAAAAGGUGAAACAGAAGCAGCUAUUGUAAUUCAACAAAAGCAGUUGGUUGAAAUGUUUAAUAUUGGCUCGCAAGACAUGAGCAAGAUCAAUGUGUUGAUGAACAAUACCUUUGCUCAUCGGCGUAGAGACAUUUUGGUGAACAAUACAAGGGCUUGGAAGCUUCUGCAUGACUACCCUUUUUUCAAACACACCAAGGGAGUUGAAAAUGCAAAAGUGGAAAUAAGGAAUAUUUCAAAACGUAUCUUGGUCGUGCAGAACUUCUCGCUGGCUGGCAGGGAAGCAAAAGCAAACACAUGUAAUUGGUUGCGUCGUUUUUAAUCUUUCUGAAUUUGUGAGCUGUGGCACUUUCGUUAUGAAGAUAAAUGGUGGUAUUACAAGCUUCUGCCCAAAAGUUCAAUGGCAAUGCAGCUGUAUAUAUCAUUGACCUGGCAGAUUCCAGCGUUGUAUGGUUGAGACGCGCUGCCAUUCCGUUCUCUUCUGGGCAAUAUGAGCUUGUAAAUUCUUGAUUUAUUCCUUCCUUAGCGCAAUAAUUGGUGAAAUUGUUUGAUGUGUAUUCCCCACCAUUAACACUGCUUAAGAUCUUCACAUGUCGUUUGUUUGAACUCUGGUUUUUCAUAUUAUUAACAAUUCUUUAAACUUUGCGAGUACUUCACUUUUGCGCUUGAUGAAAUAUGCAACUGAAAACCAUGAAUAGUCGUCAAGAAAUGUUACCAUAUGUCGACUCAACUUGAUUCAACUUGCAUUAGGCUACAUAUAUCACUGUGGACAACUUCAUAUGCUUUAGUAGCUCUGUGUUGACUUGCUUUAGGAGAAGGAGUUCUGUGCAUCUUUCCGCCGAUGCAUUAUUCACAAUUAUUUGUAGCUUUCUCGUUUCUUCCAUUAUCCGUUUCUUUCACCAUAUUUUUCUUCAUCAUUUUCUUCAUGUAAUCAUGAUUGAGAUGGCCUAACCUUUGAUGCCAUAUUUGAGGAGAUGUAUCAAUUGACGAUUGAGAAUAUUCAGCAUCCUUCACAGUAUUUAACAUACCAUCUGUUAACUCGCCAAUAACAUAAUCUUUAUUAUUCUUUGAUACGAUACAACCAUUUUCAUCAAAUUGGACUUUAGUUUCCAUGGCAAUCAAUGCUGGUAUGGAGAGUAGAUUCUUUGCAAGCUUUGGCACAUACAACACGUUGUCCAAAUCAACAUUGUAUAAUAACUUUACCAGAACUUCACCAAGAGCAUGUAUCACAGUGUUGUCUCCCAAAUAUAUUUCUGUUUGUGUUUGAUAUUCAACAUAGUCCACAAACAAAUCCUUGUUGUGUGUCAUAUGUUUUGUUGCAGCGGAAUCGAUGAAUCAUUCAUCAGAGGUUUUAAUAUUAUGAAUAAGAGCAACAUCACUGCCUUCAAUAACACAUGAACUUCCUUCUUUCUUAUUGGUUGUAUUAACGGACAAUUUCUUGAUAUGUGUCCCGCCUGGUUACAUCUGAAACAGGUAACAUUUCUUCCCUUAUUGGAAUCACACCUUCUUUCAUCUUUUUCUAUGUUCCAUCCUGAUUUGCUGUGUUGUGAAAUUUCUCCUCUAGGCCUUUCAUUGACUUUUCCAAAGUCAUACCUUUUUCCUCGAUUGUAGUUUUCCUUUUUUCUCAUGUAUAAUAAAUUGUUUUCUUUCUUAUCUUCUUUUUUCUCUUUAUGUUUAAGAUGUUCCUCAACGAUCCUCUGGUAGACUACCUAAAAGCACCAUUGCCAAUUUCUUUGACGAAAUUUCAUCAUUCGUUUCACGCAGUUGUUCUGCUAAUGUGGUCAUAUAUGUGAUAUGCUUCAGCAAAUCUCCCUUUCUUCCAUGCUCUCAGCGUAAAAUUUCCGAUUCAAUCUUACUAUUUGUGUGACCGAGAUAAAUUCCAAGUGAUCUUUUAAGUUUUUACAUGCGAUGAGCGGAUCUGUGGUUCCAGAAAUAUGUAUUUGUAAAUGUUUUUCUACUUUUAGAGAUAUAAGAGAGUAGGCCUUAUCCGACCUUAAUUGAAAUGGAUUCUCCGUCGCAAUCGUCGCCGUAUCAAGAAGAGGAAUUUCUUUUUCUUCUUGUGUAAAACUCCAUAAUUCUUUUUCCAUUAGAACUAACUUAACAUUGUAUUUCCAAGUUUGGUAUUUCUUUCCUGACAAUUUAUUAAUUUUUGUUAUUUCCGCCAUGAUUGCUUCGUUACAUAUGACAACACAAUUUCUCGUUAUGUUAACAAGACAAAAUUUUUAUCUUCUAUAUCAUUAAAUUACUUCCACGUCCUGGGUCCAUAACCUGUUUAAAUAACACGUCGACGCUUGCUAGUAGAAUUAUAAAAGAGUAUACUUAAAACUAACAACUUGCACUCCUUAUGUCUACAAGACCAUGUGCUCUCUAAAAUAUGUAUUAAUUUACAUAUAUGAAUGACGUAAUACACUGAACUAUAUACAUAUCUUUUAA